AAUCCUGCCUGGUUGUGUUUUACCAGCAGGGUCUGGUUGCAGUUUGAACUCUAAAAUUAGGGAGGCACCCCAUCUGCAAAUGACGCAAAGAGCCAGAAUUGGAGCGUGUCGUCGUCUCUGCUUGCGGCUGAUAACGGGACUGGGCGCCAUGGAAACGUUCCCCACAACUCCCUGCUUUUGUAGUUGCUGAUGACACUGGGCCGGAUUUAUUUUUAGUCGCUGUUGUCAUGUUUUCGUAACGGCACGGCCGCUUCGCUCGCUAUAAAGGACUGCGUUUCAAACAUGCAGCUGUACAGCAGCGUUCUCACACACUACCCGAGGGCUUCCAGGUCCAGGAAAGUUACUGUCACUCUGUCCCCUGCGUCCGAGCGCUCCAACGGGGCGACCCAAAGUUCCUCUGAGGUCGACGGACAACUUCGCCCAAGCACAACUUCAGCGACCAACGGCGGUGAGACAAACAUGCCUGCCUUUUCCUGCUAUGAAGCCUCUUCGAUGAGGCCAGUUCACUUCACAUCGACGGCCGAGAUAAUAAUCCGUAGACCUGAUGGAGUGGAGAGGUCUGUGACGGGAAUUCCGCCUCACACCAUAAAGGAGCCCAAGAACAAGCCGCAAAGAGGUGAAAAUCAAUUGUGCAAUGGGACUGAUGAGAUGUUUCCUGGGAAUCAUGUUUUUAGGAGCAACAGUAUCAAUGGGACAAUGAGGAAUUCAUACGAGGAUGAAUCUUCUUCCGAACCGUCUGCCUCUAGAAGGAAUGGAUUUGCCUCUGUGGAUAUGGAAGAACUAUCUGCCAUGGGAUCAUCCCGUAACGACUUUAAAAAGGAGAAGGCCUUCGAGCUGAGUGUCUUGCAGGAGUCUGCGCCGCAGAGAUACCCAGAAACAAGGGACAUUAACGAUAAGGUCACUCGGUACCUGGCUGAGGUGGAAAGACAAAACAAGUACCUCCAGGAGAGGCACAGGUACAGGUACCACAUCAUUCCAGAUGGCAACUGCCUGUACAGAGCCGUGUGCAAGGCCAUGUACGGGGACCAGGCAAGGCACGGGGAGCUGCGGGAGCAGGCUGUGCACCACAUCGCUGACCACCUGGACGAGUUCAUCCCCAUCAUUGAAGGGGACAUCGGGGAGUUCCUGAUCAACGCAGCACAAGACGGUGCAUGGGCCGGUUACCCGGAGCUCCUAGCCAUGAGCCAAAUGUUGAACGUCAAUAUCCACCUUACAACUGGUGGCAGCCUGGAGGGCCCCACCGUCUCCACCAUGGUCCACUAUCUGGGGGAGGAGGACGCCUCCAAACUGGCAAUCUGGCUUAGCUGGCUCAGCAACGGUCACUAUGAUGUCAUCUUGGACAAGCGUCUCCCCAACCCGGAGUACGAGAACUGGUGUCGACAAUCACAGAUGCAGAAGAAGCGGGAUGAGGAGCUGGCAAAGUCAAUGGCAGCCUCGCUGUCUAAGAUGUACCUAGAACAAAAUGGUUCUGUUUGAAAUAAAGGCUGUAUUACAGUGGACAUAUUAUGUUAGAAAAAUGACAGAGAAACGCUUUUCUACCUGCUUUAAAUUAUUUUUACAAGAUUCCUACGUGAGAAAAAGUGCAGUGCACAGACUUGAGAUUUUCUAUGUACGAGAACUUCCAGAUUAGAGUUUGAAAGGAUGUACGCCUGUUUCAUUGGAUGGUUUUACUUACAUUGACCUGAGUGAUACUUUAAGUUUGAGAGUGUACUUGAAGUGUACAAACUUUAUCUGCCUUUUUUUUUUGGCUGACCAGUUAUAUUUUUCUGAAACGCUUUGUGGAGCGGUUGCCAUACAUUUUAAACGGGGUUCCUAUGCAGUCUGGAAAAGUCUGGGAUUUGCUUUUGUCAUUCUCUAGGUAUGAAUAAGAAUAGAAAAAAAGUUUAGGAAAAUAUUUGAUUUUUAAAAAUGUUUUCCUUUUCCGAUUUCUAAAGCACAAAAAUCUAAAAAUGCCUAAUAAUUGCAGUGGUUUCAUAUCUAUAUGACAUUAUAUGUCUGUUAUUUGCUUCUUCACAACUUAAUUUUAAUAUCUUAGCCAUUAUUACUUAGAUUUUUGACUGACUGAAUGUACACUUAUUCAUAAAACAAAAAGGACAAUUUUAAAUUGAGGUUGAACCUGUGGCUGUUGAUUUAGGUCUGAGUAAAAUGCAGCAACACAUUUGCUAAUGUUUAUAUUUUUGACAAACCAAAAUAAAUGUGCCAAAGUUCACAGUCUGCUUUAAAGAAUCUACAUUUAGUGUGGAAUACUCCAGUCCUUAUUGGACAAGUCCAACAUUUAUAGAUUUUAAAACAGAGCUCGUCAAAUUUAGGGCAAACAACAAAAAAGCUGUAAAAUAUUGCAUUCCAAAUAAAUCAAAAGCCGGUUUUAGCAUUGUUUUGUUUCUUGAUUUGCAAAACUUACAAAUAAUAAGAUAUGACAACUAUGCAACCUAUUUCAACACUAAUAUUUUGUACUCUAAUGUCCAAAAUGUUACUAAAGACUGCUGAAAGAAGCUGUGUAUUUCAACUGGGAAAAGUAUAGAAUUUUAAAAUGAAAAAGAAUAAGAACCCUGUUUGAAAUGCGCUGAAAUCUAAAUUGCAUUUUCCCACUUUUAUGUAUUUUGUGAAAUCUGUUUUCUCUCUUUUGCACAGAAGUUCCAACUAGGCAUGGGCCAGUAUUUGAUUCUCACCGUAUUUUAUCUACAGUAGCACAGCGUUAACACAAAAAAGUAAAAUAUAAUAAUUUUAUAUCAUUAAAGCAUUCCCACUGCUGCUUAAGUAAUAUAUUAUUAAAGGUAUUAUGUUUUAUUCAUUUUUGUCGUUAUUUUGAUCUUGAUACAUAGACAUAAGUGAAAAUAUAAAUAACACCAACUCAGUUUGGCGGUAGCUUUCAAGCAAACAUGCAGCACCUUAAUAAGAGGGACGGGUGCCACUUUUUUUGUUUUUAAAUCAUGAUUAUGUUUUUUUUUCUUGUUUUGCUUUUUGUAUCUGAAACAUUUCUAAACUGCUGAAAUUCUUUUUCUGUAAGGCAAGUAUAAAGUGUAGUAGCUUUCUUUCAGUCAGCUCAUCAACAGGUCGGGGAGGGGUUGAGUUGUGCUACUUUAUGCUCCACACAACUGGAGAAAAUUCCAGUCACUCCAGCACUUUAUCUGGCAUCUCAUUAAAACGACUACAAACUGUAGGAAUGUAAAAUGGUAAAUUUAGGAGGUUGUGAAACCAAUUUUUAAAAAAUCUUGCAAUACCUUUAUAUUUGGUCCAUGCCUAGUUCCAACACAAUUGUUGAGUUUUUAUUGGUAUCCUGUUAAUUAUUAGAGUUUUUUUUUUUAUCAGUUUCAUUUGCUUUAAUUUUUCUGGAUUAUUUCUGAAUAAAAUUAAAAAAAAAUGACCUUA